AUGCCAUCAGACAAGCAAUGCUGCGUUCCUGGAUGUAAGGAGACUAAAGUGCUUCAUGUAUUCCCAAACCCAGAAAAGGAUAUACAGCGUUUUAACAUGUGGUUCAAUGCAAUUGGCGGUGAUCUUGUGGGCAUGGAGAAUAAGAGCAUAUUUAAGUAUCGCCGUGUGUGUCGCACACAUUUUGAACUAAAAUAUCUAUGUCGCUACAACAGAAUUAGUAAGGAUGAAUUAGUGUGCAUU